UUUCCAGGGUUCUUCUUGGUCCAGAGAGCCUGUGCACAAAAGGGUGGUCAGGACAAGAUCUUCCUGUCUGCCCGGCCCAGCGCUGUGGUGCCUCAGGGAGGAAACGUGACUCUUCGGUGUUACUAUCGUGGUGGACUUUACAACUUUACCAACUUCACUCUGUACAAAGACGACAGAAGCCACGUUCCCAUCUUCCACAGCAGAAUAUUCCAGGAGAGCUUUCUCAUGGGCCCUGUGACCCCGGCACACGCAGGGACCUACAGAUGUCGGGGUUCAUACCCGCACUCCCCCACUGAGUGGUCGGCACUCAGUGCACCCCUGGCGAUCAUGGUCACAGGAGUCCACAAAAAACCGUCCCUCCUGGCCCUCCCACGUCCCCUGGUGAAAUCAGGAGAGACGGUCAUCCUACAGUGUUCGUCAGAUAUCGUGUUUGGGCACUUCUUUCUGCACAGUGAGGUGACCUUUGAGGAGCCCUUGCACCUUGUUGGAGAGCUCCAUGGUGGGGGUUCCCAGGCCAACUAUUCCAUCAAUUCCAUGAAGUCUGCCCUUGCAGAGACCUACAGAUGCUACGGUUCUGUCACUCACUCCCCCUAUGUGUUGUCAGCUCCCAGUGAUCCCCUGGACAUCGUGAUCACAGGUGAGAGUGUCCGGACGUUCUUCUCAUUGUCACUGGGACACAGAGUGAAUGAUCCAGGACUUGGAAGCCCAGGUGGUCAUAAGGAAGAUGAGUGUGGGAUUCUUAUGGAGAGAGACUUACUUGGUGAGGUCUGUACCAACAGAGACAGAGAAACAGGAGACACAAGUACAGACCAGGUGUCAUAACAGAGGACAGACACAGGGGCCAUACAGGGAGGUAGAAAAGAGAGAAGGAGUUAAAGGGG